AUGAAUGGCGAUUAUGUUAAGGACGAUCUGGAACUGCAGAUGCCGACGAAGUCAUGCUUCUUAAAUAACACUCUGCUCACAAACGGUAGGUUCACAACCUACCCAAAAGCGUUGAAGGAAUGGGCAACCAGACGGCGACCUCCCGCAGCUCACGCUGGCGGAGACUUGGGUUCGCGACCCACUUUUUCCAGCGGGGGCGGAUCCCCCGGGUCUCUUGUAAAGCAAAAACGGAAACGUAGUCAAUCUUGUGCUGCAGCCAAACAUUGUGAGGAGGGGAAGAGCAUGCAAAAGCGUAGGGUGAGGGAAAUCAUAGAUAUCGCACCCUUGGAAGUGUGGACAUAUGCAUUACACCAUCUCAAACAACAUCAUGGACAAUUGGCAGUCAGGAAGCGGGUUGAAAGUUAUCAAGAGUCAUUAUUCAUUUAUUGGAUCUCGCCUCCACCUACUCCCUUUAUCAUUCCGGUCCCUGCCAACAAUCCAAAUAUCUGA